CUCUCUCUAGCCUCGCAGGGCAAAGAAAGACUGAUAUAAACUUCAUCCAUGGCGGCGGGGGGUGUGUGGGUGUUCCGAAAGGACGGGGUGAUGGAGCUGCAGAGCGCAGCCGGAGGGUCGUCAACGGACCGGAGCGUGGGCGGCCGCAAUAAGGCGCUGGUGUACGUACCGGCGAACGAGCCGAUGCGUUCGCUGGAGGUGCUGGAGCGGCGGCUGGGGUCGCUCGGUUGGGAGCGCUACUACGAAAACGGAGACAUCGUGCAGCUCCACCGUCGUGACGGCGGGGUCGACCUCAUCGCCCUCCCGCGCGAAUUUGCGCGGUUCCGCUCCACCCACAUGUACGACGUCGUCGUCAAGAACCGACACCACUUCAAGGUCGUCGACAUCGUCUGAACCAUUCUUGCAAGAUGCUUCUACGUACCUAGCUACUUUCCCCCGCCAGGCUGUACUCUGUUAUGCAAAUAAGCGCACGUACAAAAUGGUGUGCGUACGUGUUGUAUGUGAGUGAUCGAUGUACUAACAGUUUAUGCAUUAUACUGUAUGAUGUCAGAUGAUGCUUUUGUACGUCUCCGA